UAAAAUAAUCUUUUUAUGUUAUCUGGGCACAUUUUAGUACUAAUAUAAUAUUAUCUUCGAUUUUUAGAAAACAAUACAUUUUGUGUGUUUAUUUUACAAAUAACUUUCUCAACGACUGAUAAGAUCGAGAUUUUUUCUAUAAAAAAAAUCAAAAUACCCAUUUUAAGUCGUACUUGAUUAAUAAAUAUAAAAAUGAAACUUCAAAUUUAUUUAGGAUUUGUUUCGUUAAUAUUUCUGUGGGCGUAUUCUACUCCAGCAAAUGGAUACAACGUAGUGUGUUACUUCUCGAGUUGGGCCAUUUAUAGAAACUUUUCCGGAAAAUUUGAUGUUUCGGACAUCGAUCCUCAUCUUUGUACUCACGUCAACUUUGCCUUUGUAGAAUUGUAUGAAGAUGGUUCAUUAUAUAUUGUAGAUCCCUGGGAAUCCAAUGAUAGAAAUAAUGGUGGAUAUUAUGAGGGAUUUAAACAAUUAAAAAAUCUGAAGAAAACAAAUCCUGGACUAAAAAUAUUACUCAGCUUGGGAGGAUGGAACGAAGGUUCCAAAAAUUUCUCGAUAGUGGCGGCUGAUCAGUCAAAACGAGAAAGGUUAGCUAGAGAAUGCCUAGCUUUAAUUGAAGAAUACGAUUAUGAUGGAAUAGACAUAGACUGGGAAUAUCCUACAUUGAGGGAAGGAUCACAUCCGUCAGAUAAGGACAACUUUGUAGAAAUGUUAAAAGACUUCCAAGCUAUCAUGAAACCAAAAGGUUUAUUACUAAGUGCGGCUGUAGCUGGAGCUGUAGAUAAAAUUGAAUCUGCUUAUCAUGUCGAAGAAGUAGCGAAGUAUUUGGAUAUGAUAAAUGUAAUGGCGUAUGACUACCAUGGGGCAUUUGAUAAUUUAGUGGGACACGUAUCGCCUCUGCAUGCCUCCUCUAAGGAUUACCAACAUGGAAGAAAUGCUACUUACACAGUAGCUACUGGUUUAGAAUACUGGCUAUACAAAAAUGCAGAUCCUUCAAAAAUCAAUCUUGGGCUUCCAACUUACGGAAGAACUUUUACUCUGGCAGACAGAACCAAAACCGAACUAUACUCAGAAGUGCUUGGUCCAGGCGAAAGAGGACUUUACACGGGAAUAAGAGGAAGUUUGGGAUAUCACGAAAUCUGCGAAUUCUAUUCUGGUUCCGACUCAACUUACUACUGGGAUGACGAACAAAAGGUGCCUCAUAGGGUAUGGGAGGAUCAAUGGGCUGGAUAUGAUGACCAGAGAUCGAUACAAUAUAAAGUGGACUUUGCUGUGAGUCACAACCUCGCUGGCGUUUUGAUUUGGUCUUUGGAUACAGACGACUUCCGAGGAGAAUGUGGUAGAAAAUAUCCUCUCUCGUAUGCUGCUAAAGAAAGGCUAAUGUAUCAUGAAACAAAAAAGAAGAAUGCAAAAUAAUUUCAUAUUUUUAUAUCGAUUUAUGUAAAAUAGGCUCUUGAUUAUAUUACUUUUUUGGAAUUUACGGAAAUAAAGAAAUAUUGAAUUACAA